AUGACGAGGUUCAGGCCCUGCAUAGACCUGCACGCCGGGCAGGUCAAGCAGAUUGUGGGCGGCACACUGGACAGCUCCACCAGCGAGCUCAAGACCAACUUCGUCUCGCCGCACCCCCCGGCGCACUUUGCCAGGCUCUACAGGGACAAUGGGCUGACGGGCGCGCAUGUCAUCAUGCUCGGCCCCAAGAACGACGAUGCCGCGCGGGAGGCCCUGGCUGCGUGGCCCGGCGGCCUGCAGGUGGGAGGAGGCAUCAACGACAGGAAUGCGAGGGAGUGGAUCGAGGCUGGGGCUGAGAAGGUUAUCAUUACAUCAUUCCUCUUCCCCGAGGGCAAGUUCAGCCAGUCACGGCUAGAUGCCGUAUUAGAAGCCCUAGGAGGCGACAAGACCAAGCUGGUCAUCGACCUGAGCUGCCGGCGGCGCGGCGAAGACAGCUGGUUUGUAGCCAUGAACAAGUGGCAGACCAUCACCGACAUGGAAGUCAACCAAGAAUCUAUCAAGAAACUAGAGCCGUAUUGCUCCGAGUUUCUUAUCCACGCGGCUGACAAUGAGGGCCUACAAAAGGGUGUAGACGAGAAGUUGGUUGCGAGGUUAGCGGAGUGGUGCAGUAUACCAGUCACGUACGCUGGCGGUGGUAGACACCUAGAGGAUUUAGAGGCUGUCAAGAAGAUGAGUCAAGGGAAGGUCGACUUAACAAUUGGCAGUGCCUUGGACUGUUUCGGCGGCAACGGCGUAAGGCUAGAGGAUUGUGUCAAUUGGAAUAAGAAGCAAAAUUCAUAA